GCCCCAGUCAGUCUGCAUCUGUACCUGGGAGUCAGUAGUAGUAGCAGUAGUCUCCAAGCCUUAGCUCGCCACUCGUCCGUCCUCUCCUCCAUCCAUCCUUCCAUCCUCCUGUCGCCAUGGCUCUGGGAUGGUUGCCGGUCGUCAGCUUGCUGCUCCUGGGCAUGAGAGCGGCCCAUGGUACCACUACCGCCAUCGACAUACAGAACGCCGCCGCCAUGGCGGCGGGUCUGUGCAACACCAAGCCUACAGACCUGGUCUUCAUCAUCGACAGCUCCCGUAGUGUGCGGCCCUCUGAGUUCGAGCAGGUCAAGGUGUUCCUGGCUAAGGUGAUCGAGGGUCUGGACGUGGGUCCCGACACCACUCGCGUGGGCGUCAUCAACUACGCCAGUCGUGUGAAGAACGAGAUCUCACUGAAGGCGCACAAGGCCAAGGCCGGCCUGACCAAGGCGGUGGGCAAGAUCGAGCCCCUCUCCACGGGCACCAUGACCGGACUGGCCAUCCAGUUCGCCCUCAACGUGGCCUUCAGCGAGGCCGAGGGGGCACGUGUCAAGAGCAAGGACGUCAGCAAGGUGGCCAUCAUUGUGACCGACGGGCGUCCCCAGGACAACGUGCGCGAGGUGGCGGCCAAGGCUCGCGAGGCGGGCAUCGAGAUCUUCGCCAUCGGCGUGGGCCGCGUGGACAUGAACACGCUCAAGAUGAUGGCCAGCGAGCCCCUGGAGGAGCACACCGACUAUGUGGAGAGCUACAGCCUCAUCGAGAAGCUGACCAAGAAGUUCCAGGAGGCCUUCUGCGUCUCAGACCUGUGUGCGACUGGUGAUCAUGACUGCGCGCAGGUGUGCAUCAGUGUACCUGGAUCAUUUAAGUGCGCCUGCAACGAGGGCCACACACUCUUGGAGGAUGGCAAAUCUUGCAGCGCCUGUAGCAAUGCCGCCACCGACGUGGUGUUCCUGAUCGACGGCUCCAAGAGCGUGCGGCCGGAGAACUUCGAGCUGGUGAAGAAGUGGAUCAACCAGAUCGUGGACAAGCUGGACGUGGGCGAGAGCAAGGCGCACGUGGGCCUGGUGCAGUACUCCAGCACGGUGCGGCAGGAGUUCCCCCUGGGCCGCUACAACAACAAGAAGGACCUGAAGGAGGCCGUCAAGAAGAUGGACUACAUGGAGAGGGGAACCAUGACCGGACAGGCCCUGCGCUUCCUGCUUGACAACAGCUUCGCUCCAUCCCAGGGCGCUCGUCCCGGCGUGGCCAAGGUCGGCAUUGUCUUCACUGACGGACGCUCCCAGGACUACAUUGGAGAGGCCGCACGCAAGGCUAAGGAACUGGGCUUCAAGAUGUAUGCCGUGGGUGUGGGCAACGCGGUGGAGGAUGAGUUGAGGGAGAUUGCUUCAGAGCCCAUCGCUGACCACUACUUCUACACCGCUGACUUCAAAGCCAUGGCUUCAAUAGCCAAGAAGCUGACAAUCAACGUCUGCCAGGAAGAGGAUCCCUGCGAAUGUGACUCCAUCGUUAAGUUCCAGAAAAAAGUAGAAGAUGCUUUACAGGCAUUAACGAAAAAAUUGGAGAGUGUUACUAAGAGGAUCGCAGCACUGGAGAACAAGAUCGUCUGAGGAGACUCCCCAACCCCCCUCCACUUUCACCCCUUCCACGCUCCUGUAAACACCCCCAGUACAGGAACCCCAAAGAACUGACCCCAUUCACACACUACACUACACACACUACACAAACACACAGACACACACACACACACACACGCACACACCAAAUACACUCCCACACACUCCCACACACACCCCCAACACACACAGUCACACACAUUCACACACAUAAUGCUUUUUUAAACGAAAAAUCCAUGUAACCCCCAACCAGUCCAAAUCACACGUCUCCGUGGAGACAGAGCACUGAUGGCCGUAGGGACCCCUAACAGACGCCGGGUCGUUGUGUGUGUGUGUGUGUGUGUUUGCGUGAGUGUGUGUAUGUGUGUUUGCAUGCACACACAUGUACAUAGUAUAAUGUAAUACACUGAAGUGCCUUCUCUUGCCAGCCAUGACACACAUCCUAAACACACACACACACACACACACACACACACACACACACACACACACACACACACACACACACACACACACACACACACACACACACACACACACACACACACUUAAUAUAUGUACGGGCUCCAGCUUGUGUGGACACAGGCUAUAAGAUAGCCCAGGUGCUAUUGUAUUGUGAAGUUGUACUGUAUCUCUCAGAGGGAACAUGGGGGUCCCAUGGUGGUGUAGCGAUAUCCCAACUCGGACAGCAGACGCCAUUGAAACAACAUGGAAUCAACGUUAAUUGGAUGAUUGUAAUGGAAAACCAAAGUUGUUUCAAUUGCAUCUUGCCAUCUGGGAAGCCAGAUAGCAGGCGCCAUUGAAACGAUGUGAAAUCAACGUUACUUGGAUGAUUCUGAUGAAAGAAAAAAAUCAAUGUUGUUUCAGUGUCAUCUGGCCAUCCGGGAAGUUUUCUCCUCCUCCUCACCCUCUACUCACCCUCACCCUUGACCCUGACCUUUGACCUUUUGCAUUUUAACCCUUGACCCCUCCCCCACACUCCAACCCCCUGCCCCACCACCUCCAUCUCACCUGUCCAACUUCAUUCUUACAUUCAUUCAUUCAAUCAUUCCACUGCCAAAAGCUGAGUGUUAUAUUAUAUUUUAUAUGAAAUCUAUAUAUAUAAAGGUAAUUUAAGACUAAAUAAAAAGAAACUUGUGUGGG